AAUUCACAAAACUAAAAUCAAAGGUUGUAAAAGCAGUAGUAAAUAAAUAGCAACAAAGCAAUACUAAAAUAGGUUUAUAGAAUUUCAGAUAUGAAGCAAGCCAGUAAUUUAUCCCCAAAUAGUAGAGUCAAGUGGUAGCAGGACAACUCAAGAGAUCAAUAAUCUUCUAGUUAUUAAUAUAAAGAUGAUUAAUUAUAAUAUUAAAACUAAAAGAAAAAUACUUCGCCAAUACGUUAGCAGUAAAGCAAUAGCUCAAGCAAAUUACUCUCUAAUUCUACAGCAAGUAUUUUAGAAAGAUUGAAAGAAAAGCAAUCUUAACCACCUAAGCUUGUUAUUAGUGGUAAUGGGAAUCAGAAUGGAAAUAAUUAAUAUUUCAACAGUCCAUUCAACAAAUCAAGUAGUAGUCUAAGAUAGAUUUCAAAUGGGAAAAGUCCAAAGAAUUAUUCUAAGUAUUAGCAAUAACCUUAAAAUGAAAGUGAAGUAAUUGAGAAAAUUAACUAAAGUCCUGAAAAAUUGCAAAUCCAUGAAUAAUAUUUGAAAUACUCUUAAGAGCAAAAUAAUGGAAGAUCAUCUAAUUUAUCAAUUAGAACUCCAACAAGCCCUUAAAAAUAAUAAGGCACUUUAAACUCAUUCAAUCAAAAUUAGAAUAAUUCUGGUUUGAAAAAAAUGACAUUAGAAAAUAAAAGUCUGAAUUUCAUACCUGAUAAUUAAGAGCAAUACGGAAGACAUUUAAACAAGAGCAAUAGCGAAAUGAUUGCUUCUAACGUUCUUGAAAAAAUAGUGGAUUUAGAAAUCAAACUCAAGAAAGAGCUAAUUAAAAAUUAGCAUUUAGAAACUUAAGUUGAUAGUCUAAACAAGUAAAAUGACAAGCUAUCAAAACUUAAUCAUGAUUUGACAAUGCAAAAUUCUAAUCUUGUUAACCAAAUUACUACAAACGAUUCAGAUAACAUAACUCCUUCUAAGCAAACAAGCAAAAAAUAAAAAAAUUCUAAUAAUAAUUAAGAAGCUGUAGAUUCAAAUAAUAGUUCUAUGUCUGACAUAAAUGCUAAAGAUGUUAAUUACAUUAAAAGUCUUGAAAAUGAGUGUAACAAGCUAUAAGUUUUGCUCGAAUAAAAAAAUAAAGAAUUACAAAGUUGGAUGCAAAGAUACAUAGAGAUGCAAAAGAAAAAAGAGUAGAAAUUCGAAGAGAGCGAAACAUUUAAUAUUAUGAAAAAGUAGAUUGAAAAAUAUGAGGAAUAUAGUAAGAAAUAAGGUGAAUAGACAAGAAUUAUUGAGAAUCAAAAGUCUUCUAAUGAGAGAUUGAUAGAAAAUUUAAAGGAUGAGGUAGCUAUGUUAAAAGGUGAAAGGGAUACAUGGAUGAAUAAAUAUUAAGAAGCUAUGAAAUAAAAUAAUAAAAGAGACUAAGACGAUAACUACGAAUUUAUGAUGGUUAAGCAGUAGAAGGAUGAGAUACAAUUGAAAUUGGCAUAAUUAACUGAUUAAUUUAAUGAGUAAAAUUAGUUCCUUCAAGAACAAAAACAAUGGACUGAACAUUGGAAAAAUAAAGCAGUUCAACUUGAAACUAAGGUUUUAGAAAGUUAAAAGCAGGACAAUUCAAAAUAUCAACAAAAGAUUGAUGAAUUAGAAACAAGAAUUCAAAAACUAAUGCUAGAAAAUUAAAAUAUUAAGAGCAAUGUAAUUCUAGAAAAUUAAAUACAAGAAAGUGAAAGAUAUGCAAGAGUAAAUGCUGAGAAGCAAGAAAUUUAAAGUUAAUAUAAGCAGCUAUAGAGCAAGUUAGAGCUAUUGGCAAUGGAAUUUAAAAAUGAAAGGGAAGAGAAGAAUCAAUUAGCUAAUUAGCUAGAUUAAUUCAAAAAUGAAAAUACAGAAAUGAGGAUAAAUUAUGAAAAAAAAGUUACUGAUUUAGAAAAUGGAGUUAAAGAGAAGGCUAACAUAAUAGAGCAAAUGAAAAAACAGGAGAAAGAAGAUUAAAUUAAAGAAAUAAAUAAUCGUUAGUAAUAAGAAAUAGAGACUCUUAAAAUGAGAAAUAAGAUAGUUCAAAUUGAAACAGAAUUAGGUAAUGCUAAAAUUGAGCUAGAAAAAUCUCAGUCCAAAACAAAAGAUUACCAAAGAGAAUUAGACACUUGGUCUAAAAAAUGCGAAGCUUUAGAGAGACAACACAAGCAGUAAAUAGAAGAAUUGAAUUAGCAUCAUAGCUAGUUAAAGCAAUCAAACAUAGAAAAAGAAGUUAAGGCAACCAAACUUGAAUCAGAAGGAAAAAUAUUUUAUCUUGAUAAUCAAGUUAAAAUAAUGACCAAAGAGGUCUAAAUUUGGAAAGAAAAAUGCUAAUCUUUAGAAUUAGAAUAUGAAGAAAGCAUCAAACUCAAAAACACAGAGAUAACAGAGAGUUAAAAUAAAAUAUAACUUCUAAACCAAAAGAAUUUAACUAGUUUGAAUGAAUUAAAUGAAAAAUACGAUAAGGAAUAAAAAGCGUAACAAGAGAAAAUUGCUGAGUAAAAGCACCAAAUAAAGAUUUUACAACAGUAAAUUGAAUAAAUACAAUUAGAAAACUAAUCUUUGCAGGAAAACAGCAUCAAGAGAAUAAGAGAGCUGUAAGAUAUAGCAUAGAAAGCUUAAUAGGAUAUUCAAGGGAAUAGCUAUUCUUAGUUAGAUACUAAAAUAAAGCAGUUGUAAAGAUAAUUAUUGCAACUUGAGAUAGAAAAGAACCAAGAAAUCGAUGAGAAGAAUUAAUAAAUAUCUUAGUUAGAAGGAGAUAAAUCUUAAUUAAAAGAAAAAAUACAAUUGUACAGCUAAGAAAUAAAAAAUUUAGUUUCAUAUUUGGAUAAAGAAAAAUAGAAUGUCGAAGACCUAUAAAAACAAAUUUCACAGGCUUAAAGGGAAAAGGAUGACUUAGAAAAUUAGAUGAAUGACAUUAAAGAUUAGUUCGAACACAAGUCUGCUAAUUGCGAUUUCUUACUUUCUGAAAAUGAACAAUUAAAUAAAUAGAUCACUGGAUUGAAGAUCAAAUUAAAUCACUCUCAAAAUGUGUAGUAAUCAAGAUUUUAAUAAUAACAAUCUUAAUAAUAGUAAUAAGAGAUUAGGUAAGUCUAGUAAACUGCUAAUCGCUUAAAUUAGUCCUAGCAAUACCAACAAUCGCAAUAAUAGAAAUAGUAAUUUAAUAACCAGAAUGAAAACUAGUAAUUUAUUUUACAAGGAUAUAUGAACAAGCAAGAUUAUCAUUAAUUUAACAACAUAUCUAACUAAAAUUAAGAAGAUAGCAACGAUAAUUAAUGA